AUGUACGGCCGUCGCACGUGCAGUUCUUCCUCCUCAAGUUCUUCCUCUAGUGACGGUUCUUAUCGUUCCCCAGUUGGCUUCGGUGUUACUCCAAUUAUGCCUCUUCCAUAUGGAGCCCCUCCACCACCAGUUGGCGCCGGAGUUGGAUAUGCUCCACCGCCACCAAGACCUUACGGAGCCACAUAUGCACCCCCACCACCUAUGGGAAUCGGUGCUGGAGUGAAUCCUAGUGGAUAUGUCCAACAAGCCCCACCACUCCCAACCCAAGGAUACUCGGCGUACAACCAACAACCACCUCCACUUCCACAGCAACCCUAUCAAACUAACAUGUAUCCAAGCAACCCAGGAUACUCAAGCACACCAGGCUAUCCACAACAGCAGCCAUAUCAAAUUGGAACCGGAGCCACGCCAGCCGGUAUGUACCCACCACCACCAACAGGGCAAUAUCCUCCACCUCCACCCGGACAGUAUCCAGGAUAUCCAAGACCAUAUUGA